CCCAAAGUAGCGGAAGGUGUGACAACCAAAAUCCACCUUAAGCGCCAGAAAGCCAAAAGUCACUACGACAGACAUGUAAAGGUCCUACCAGACCUAGAAAUAGGCCAAGAGGUAAGAGUAGCGCCAAACCAGAGAGGCAAGCCCUGGGAAGUMGGGAACUGUAAAGAGAAACUCUCAGACAGGUCAUACCUAGUUGAGUCGAACGGAGAGCUACUUCGCCGAAACAGACAGCUUUUAAAGCCCGUCGACGAAGCACCGAAAGAACCAGCUAGUGACACACAAGCAUCACCAGAGGCAGACAGUGCAAGGACACCUCAAGUUCUACCUGCGUCAGAACCCGCGGUCAAUCCACCUGUACUACGAAGAAGUCAGAGAGUGGUUAAGAAACCUGAUCGGUUUACUUGACUACCGAACAUUUAUAGGACAUUGAUUUUUGUUACAGUUGAGCUUUAAUAUCCAUAUGAUCAUUUCGUAGUUUAGUCAGCCAUUUUGUUUGGUCAUUUAUUUUUUAAAUCUUUAAAAUCUUUCUAUAUCAUCCCAGCCAUGUAUUUCAAACAUUAUAAAAGGGGAGAUGUUACAAUAUUAGCUUACGCAGUUGUAAUUGGAUACUUAGAGAAGUGAUUGUUUGAUUAAAGAGGCAUAACUAUUUCCCCACCAA